CCGCCCCUCGAUGGCCGCAUCGUGGGCGGCGAGGCCGUAGACAUCUCACAGUACCCCUGGCAGCUGUCGCUGCAGAAGCUGGGCUCCCACAGCUACGGCGCCUCCAUCAUCAGCUCCGACUGGGCGCUGACGGCGGCCCACUGUAGCUUAAGAAACACGCCUUGUUGUGCUCGACAGAAAGGGAUGUUUUACGGCCGUAAAGGAAAGAGAAAGGAGGCAGCGAUUUACAGAGCUAAUGGCAGCCUGGCCGUGGCCAGGCUGCCGGUGGGUCUCGGAUCGAAGGAGCCAUCUGCAGACACACCGGUGACCAUCACGGGCUGGGGCGCCCUGUCCUCCACAGGCUCCUCCCCCAUACAGCUGCAGGCAGUCACCACGUACGUUGUGGACCGUGCCUCCUGUAACUUAGCCUAUAACGGCGGGAUCACGCAGCGCUUGAUCUGCGCAGGAGAAGACGAGGGCGGCAAGGACUCGUGCCAGGGCGACAGCGGUGGACCCCUGGUGGAAGGAUCCACCCAGUACGGCAUCGUCUCCUGGGGACGAGGAUGCGCUCAGGCCGGCUACCCUGGCGUAUACGCUAACAUGGCCAACUUGCGUUCCUGGGUAACACAAGUAACUGGCAUGUAA